GUGUGUGUGUGGCGUGUAGAAAAGUCUGUCCCAAUAUGGGCAAACUCUAGUGGCCGUAGCCGUAGCCCGCCAGUAGGGCUGUCUGCUGCUGCUGUGGACUUUGAUAGCAGCGCCCCCUAUAUAAAGCCGGCACUCGGUGGUGUAGGAGCGCAUUAGCACCGGCACCCCGGCAAGGAAUAGUUCGAUACCAAGGGAUCCCCUCCGUCGAAUCCUCUUUUUUACUUUUACGUUUCGCUCGUCUCAAGAAAACUACCCUAAAACAAAAUGUGCGACGAUGAAGUAGCAGCGUUGGUUGUUGACAACGGAUCCGGUAUGUGCAAGGCUGGAUUCGCCGGAGAUGACGCCCCUCGCGCCGUCUUCCCAUCCAUUGUCGGCCGCCCCCGUUACCAGGGCAUCAUGGUCGGUAUGGGUCAGAAGGACUCGUACGUCGGUGACGAGGCUCAAUCCAAACGUGGUAUCUUGACCGUCAAGUAUCCGAUCGAGCACGGCAUCGUCACCAACUGGGAUGACAUGGAAAAGAUCUGGCACCACACCUUCUACAAUGAGUUGCGUGUCGCCCCAGAGGAACACCCCGUCCUCCUCACUGAAGCUCCCCUCAACCCCAAGGCUAACCGUGAGAAGAUGACCCAGAUCAUGUUCGAGACUUUCAACACACCCGCCAUGUACGUUGCCAUCCAAGCCGUGCUCUCCCUGUACGCUUCCGGUCGUACCACCGGUAUCGUGCUGGAUUCCGGCGAUGGUGUCUCCCACACCGUCCCCAUUUACGAAGGUUACGCCCUUCCUCACGCUAUCCUGCGUCUGGAUCUCGCUGGCCGUGAUCUGACCGAUUACUUGAUGAAGAUCCUGACUGAACGCGGUUACUCGUUCACCACCACCGCCGAGCGUGAAAUCGUUCGCGACAUCAAGGAGAAGCUCUGCUACGUCGCCCUCGACUUUGAACAGGAGAUGGCCACCGCCGCCUCCUCCACCUCCCUGGAAAAGUCGUACGAGCUUCCCGACGGUCAGGUCAUCACCAUCGGCAAUGAGCGAUUCCGUUGCCCCGAGGCUCUCUUCCAGCCCAGCUUCUUGGGUAUGGAGUCUUGCGGCAUCCACGAGACCACCUACAACUCGAUCAUGAAGUGCGACGUCGACAUCCGUAAGGAUCUGUACGCCAACACUGUCCUGUCUGGUGGCACCACCAUGUACCCAGGCAUUGCCGACCGCAUGCAGAAGGAAAUCACCGCCUUGGCUCCAUCCACCAUGAAGAUCAAGAUCAUUGCUCCCCCCGAGCGCAAGUAUUCCGUCUGGAUCGGUGGCUCCAUCUUGGCCUCUCUGUCCACCUUCCAACAGAUGUGGAUUUCCAAACAAGAGUACGACGAGUCCGGACCUUCCAUCGUCCACAGGAAAUGCUUUUAAACAAUUCCAGCACAAGAAAACGAGCAAUUAUAAGAGCAGCAUCAAACGGCAUUUCAACGCUUCCGCCGGAUGAUUUACUAUCCUGUCUUAUUUUUACUUACUGUUUUCUUUCCAAUUUUUUUUUUAUUAAUAUAAAAAAAAAAACAAGACCCGCAACAUUCCAUUGCCAGGGGUUGCCUCUACACCACCCUCUCUACACCACCCUACCCUCUUAUUUUUUUUGUUUUUUUUCGCGAUAAUUAUGGAAAAGUAAAAAAAAAAAAAAAGAUUUACAACAAAUUGCUAUUUGGCCUCAAUUUUUUGCCCUUUUACAGCUAAUUCGCUUUCUUUUCGAUUGGGAAUUCUUUAUAUGUCUCUGCCCACGCUUUUCUUUUUCCGUCCGAACUGUGUCUGGAUCGGUGACGUGGACCACCAACACCCGGAAUGGUCAAUCAGGCCAAGGUAACAUGCCACUUUUUGGAGAUCUGAACUCACCGACCCUGCCUGCUGUUUUUUCUGCACGCGCGAAAAAAGAAAUGUGACGCAAGACUUAAUAAUUGCUAGGUGCCUUCUAUAUACCAAUUUUCAAAAAUAAAAUUCAAAAAAAAAUUAAAAAAAGGAAAAAAUAUCCCGAAGGAAACGGGGACAAUUUUGAAAUGAACAACAAGAUCAAAGUGUAACUUAUUGUGAUGAGCAUUGAGGACGGACACGAAAUACACCAAAAUCGUUUCCAACACA